AUGAUAACAUAAAAUUAAUGGUCUCAAUUCAACCUAAAGCCAAUAAUUCAAAAAAUUAUGGCAAAUGAGUUUAAAUUCUAGUACUUGAUCCCUGUUUAUAUUGCAUCGAUUUCUCACAUCAUUAAUAAUAAUGAUGUAUCUGUAUAAACCUAAACAGGAUCUGGAAAUAAAUUAAUAUUUUUAGUUCCAUUAUUUAAUCAAUUCUCAAAAUAAAAAUAAUUAGAUAAUCAACUAUUUGGUUUGGUAUUAUCAUCUGUAAGACAAUUAGAAUAAUAAAAUUUAUGAUGUAGAAAAGAAAUUCUAAAUUGUAAAUUAAGUUAAGAUUGUCUAUACUAUAGUUGGAACUUAUAAUAAAAAUGAUAUUAACUAUUUAAAUGAAAAAGGAUAUAAUAUACUCAUAGCUAAAAUUAAUAAGUUAAGAUAAUUGUUAGAUAUGUCUGAUUAGUAAAUUGAUGUCAAAACUUUGGAAUAUUUGAUAUUUAAUUAAGUAGAUAGACAAUGA